AUGAGUGAAGCUUCAAGUGCACUUGUGCCAGGCGACGUGGUGAAGCAGCUCCACACCUGUCACUUCUACGUGGUCUUGGAUACCAGCUGCGGCAACACCAUCGUUACGGAGAAGCUGGCGGAUGGUAGUACCACCUGGGUGGUCAACCCCAACUGCCUGGAGGACCGCAAUUCCUUGGCCAAGUUGAUGGUUUGUUUGGACAUCCGUAUGGAGAAGGCGACGGUGCGUAACUUGAAGAUCACGCAGGAAAGUGCCUUGGUUGUCCGAGAGCGCAAGCGCUACGCACGCGCCAUUUUCUCCUUGGUCUCUCCUCGAAGUUUGGAAAUCACCGGCGGAAGGCCGUGGAUCAUGGGAUCAUCCCCAUGGUCGGUUUCAGGUUGCAUCGAAGUUUCUUCUUUUUUUUGUUUACCAUCUGGUUAUGACUAA